UGUUGAAGCUACAGCUGCUCGCGGACGUUUCGCCACCAUUUAUUAUUAUUAUUUCAAGUGCGAACCUUACCCCAAAACUAUAUCAAGGCAAUGUCGCUUCAGAAGGACGUUUCGUCUGAAGAGAGUUUACAAGGCUCCUGGGUUGAGCUGCAUUUCAGAGGGAAUGGCUCACAAGGUUCAAGUCAUCGGGGAAGCCAGGAGCAAAUCCUCACGUCCAACCCGGAGAGCGACGUGGAGAAAAUGCUGCUGGAAGCACAACAUGAGUCAGGCAGAAACAGCUCCAAGGGAAGCUCUCAGUGCAACAGCCCACUGAGAUCACAGACCCCCCUUCUUCUGUGGAGAGGCUCGGAGGGAAACAGCUCUCAGUCUGAUGAGGACUUCCAAGAGAGAAGACGGGAAGUGGAAAACCUCCUGAAGAAAAACGCYGACUGGAUCUGGGACUGGUCCAGUCGUCCUGAGAACAGUCCACCAAAGGAGUUCCUGCUGAAGUACUCCAAGCGCUCAACCUCUCUCAGCAUAAGAAACACCAGUGUCAUGAAGAAGGGAGGCAUUCUCUCUGCUGAUUUUCUGAAGCUUUUCCUUCCCUCAUUAAUCAUUUCUCACAUACUUGCUGUUGGCUUCGGGAUAUAUAUUGGAAAGCGCCUAACAGCUCAUCACACCUACUAAAGAGGGUGGUGGUGUUUGGACAUCUGURUACAACGUGGCAUGCCUUAAAAUGGGACCUUCUGAAGACUGAGGRAGACGUGAUGUGCAGUUUUGACUGAGCGCCCCCACAUCGGCAAAGAGAGUUCAAGAUUUCUCUUUGCCGCGUUAAUGCCUCUGAACUCAUCAGCGACCAAUCCACUGCUCCUUGCUGUAGUUCCUGUCCCUGGAGGUUUCUGUUUUGCUGCUUUAAAGCUGAAUUGCAGUUUGCUUUCAUCGAUUCACCAUGCUAUUGAUUGAAUUCAAAUCAGACUUGAUUUUUUUUCCUUUGAACAAUGAAACAAGGGAAUUUGUGUGCAAUUGCAAGGAAUCACCUGCUUAAGAGUGCGAGCACGUCCGAUGACUGCACACUUGUAUGUUAGUAAAUUGUGACUCCGUGUAAACCAAAUGUUWGCUUGAUUAGCACUAAUUUGGUUAAUUUAUUCAGGAGAAACACUGAUGACCCAGAUUGAUGUAAAAAUUAGGAAAAGUGGACUUCUAAUAAAUGGAAAGGAAAAAGAUGCAGAUGAACACAAUUAAAAUUUUAUUGAACUUUGGUCAAAAAUAAACAAGUGAAUACAUUGCCACCAUGUUAGGAAUCAAUGGACAAAGACAAUGCAUUAUUAUGUGUUUUUAAUGUCGUUAAAUGUUUUGUGUAGUUAACCUUCGUUUCUGCAUUCACAACUACAAAGAUAAGAUCCACAUUUGUGAUAUGCGGUUCAAAUUCGGGUGGUGUCCCUAAUAAAUGGAAGAAAGGAAAAAAAAA